AUGGAGUUAAAUGACGUUAUAGUGAAUCAACCCGUGGUUAUAGAUAAUGGCUCCGGAGUGAUCAAAGCGGGCUUUGCAGGUGAUCAAAUACCAAAAUGCAGAUUUCCGAACUACAUUGGGCGCCCAAAACAUGUGCGGGUGAUGGCGGGUGCGUUGGAAGGGGAACUAUUUGUGGGCCCUCGAGCCGAAGAGCACCGCGGUCUUCUCAGCAUAAAGUACCCCAUGGAGCAUGGGAUUGUGACAGAUUGGAAUGAUAUGGAGCGAGUGUGGACAUAUAUCUAUAGCAAGGACCAGCUAUCUACAUUCUCAGAGGAACACCCAGUGCUUUUAACAGAGGCCCCGCUCAACCCACGUCGCAAUCGCGAGAAAGCGGCCGAGGUCUUCUUCGAGACCUUCAACGUACCAGCCCUCUUCCUCUCCAUGCAGGCAGUGCUCAGUCUAUACGCGACAGGUAGGACCACAGGUGUGGUUCUGGACUCCGGUGAUGGGGUCACCCAUGCGGUUCCGAUCUACGAGGGCUUCGCGAUGCCCCACAGCAUCAUGAGGGUCGACGUAGCGGGCAGGGAUGUCACCAGAUACCUGAGGCUACUUCUGCGCAAGGAGGGCGUCAACCUGCGCACCUCUGCCGAGCUGGAGAUCGUGAAGGCGAUCAAGGAGCGAGCCUGCUACCUCUCCCCCAACCCGCUGAAGGAGGAGAGCAUGGACUCGGAGAGGGCGCAGUACACGCUGCCCGACGGCACGCAACUGGAGAUUGGACCGGCGAGAUUCCGAGCGCCCGAAGUCCUGUUCAGACCCGACCUCAUCGGCGAGGAGUGCGAAGGUCUGCACGAGGUCCUAAUGUUCGCCAUCCAGAAGUCCGAUAUGGACCUCCGCAAGGUGCUGUACCAGAACAUCGUGCUCAGCGGGGGCUCCACGCUGUUCCGGGGCUUCGGGGACAGGCUCCUGGCGGAGAUCAGGCGUUUGGCCCCCAAGGACAUGAAGAUCAGGAUCUCGGCGCCCCAGGAGCGGCUCUACUCGACCUGGAUAGGGGGCUCCAUUCUGGCGUCACUCGACACAUUCCGCAAGAUGUGGGUCUCGAAGAGGGAGUACGACGAGGAGGGCCACAGGGCCGUCCACCGCAAGACAUUC